GACACUUUGUGUACCGGCUCAGCCGGUCACAAGGCUUUGGCGUCUGAUAAGAACGUGCCAUCUGGAUGCAGUGCAGAGCCCCAACUAUAUAUUUCCACCAUUUCUCCCUUCCUACUUACCCCUAGCCCAAACAUGGCAAGCGCAUCACCACGACCCAGUCCCCCGCCUGUCAGUACCGACCUACUGACUAACGAGGAUGCGAUCGAAGUUGACAUUGUUGCAAAUAUGUCAAGCACCCUAGAGGAGAUCCAGGAUGAAUUCAAGCCGAAUAAUGCGAACGAGGAGCGUGGAGGCCUCGCUAAGAAUAUGUCAAACACCCUGGAGCAGACCCCGGACAAUAGGAUCGAACCAAACAACACGAAGGAGAAUCCUGCGGUGUCCAUCGAAGGAAGCCUUAAUAAGAUGUCAAACACGCUGGAGCACGUUCUCGAAGUCCUUAAAGGAUCAACGAUCGCAAAAGAACGUGGAAAAGAUGACAACUCAAAGUUUUGGGCGACAUACAAGAGAGUUUCGACUGAGUACGAUGACGAUUUCCUCGAGCAGGCCGAUAACGACAUGGACAUUAUUCUGACAUUUGCUGGUCUAUUCUCAGCUGUCAACUCUACCUUCCUCGUCGGGUCGCAGCCUAAUCCAGGAGACACCACUAAUGCCCUUCUCCUGUAUCUAAUCAAGGUAACUGUUGACGGCUCAAAUUCCGUACCUGACAUCAGCACUCUUUCCUCAUCUACGGGAUUUGUCCCUUCGAUGGUCUGGAUGCAAACGCUUUCCUACGCUAGCCUCGCAUUUAGCGUCUUGGCUGCAUUCGGAGCUGUCUUGGGAAAACAAUGGCUAAACUCUUACAAGGUAGUUCGGGAAGGACGAACUAUUGAAGAGCGCGGCAUAGAGAGGCAGGUGAAGCUCGACGGAGUAGAGUAUUUUCGCCUGCAGGCCUUUUUACGGAUGUUCCUAG